AUGAGCUGCGGGCUGGGCUGGCUGGAUAGGAGGUGCUGCUGGCCUCCUGGGUGCCCGGAUGGCCUGGGCCCCUAACCAUCUGGCCCGCGCCUUCAGACACUCAACGCGCGUAGUCAGUGUUCCGGAAACUGCUCUGGAGAUCAGCCUCAGGGCAGUUGAAGAUCAGCUAAAGAUAUGUGGCCACAAGAGGGAUGCUGAUGUCUUUGAGCUGUUCCUUUCUCAAAAGGAACUGACGGAAGUCAUUGAUCUCUCUAGGUUUAAAAAAUUAAAAUACUUAUGGCUACAUCACAAUAAGCUCCAUGGAAUAACAUUUCUAACUAAAAACUAUUGUCUGACAGAACUAUAUCUAAACAACAAUGCCAUAUUCGAGAUAGAAGGCCUGCACUCUCUACCUUCAUUGCAUAUCCUCCUGCUACACCACAAUGAGCUAACGGACAUUGAUGCAACAGUGAAGGAAUUAAAGGGGAUGCUCAAUCUGAAGAGCCUAAGUCUCUACCAGAACCCUUUGUGCCAAUAUAACCUGUACCGUUUAUAUAUAAUCUACCACCUUCCAGGAGUAGAGUUGCUUGAUCGAAAUCAAGUUACAGAGAAGGAAAGAAGAUCAAUGAUCACCAUUUUUAAUCACAAAAAGGCUCAUAUUGUUCAAUCAAUAGCAUUCAGAGGAAAAGUAGAUGCCUCCUGGAAUCCUCGAUCACCGUUUAAGCAAAAACCAGCUCAGAGAAUACCUCCAGAUUUUUCAUUUGCGAAUAAUGUAGACAAAACUGUGUUUGAUGACCCAGAAGAUGCUGUAUUUGUAAGGUCCAUGAAGAGAUCAGCUAUGGCUAUUACCUGCCUCAACUGGGACACAGUUCCAACACGAGAGGAAAAAUACCUUGAUGAAAAAGGCACAGAAUCUGCUCAAAUGCUCACCAUUACACUGAGAUAAACCCUGGUAUCUGUAGAAAGCCUAGUGGUUUCCAGUUCUUCAUUAAACUUCUCUGUGAUUAAGUA